AUGACCUGUUCAGCUUCAAAUGCACACAUCACUCUUUCGCCUUAUUUUCAAAGAGAAAGUCGUUUCCAUUCUCAACACGCAUUUCAAAAUCUAAAAAAUCGUUUUAAACUAUCAACGAUUCAGUUAUGGAAACCAUUGCGCUCCGCGUUUCCAAAUACUUCAAUCCCGUCCCUACCGGACCAUCUUCGCGGACUAAAGAAAGUACCAAUCAAAUCUCUUAUUAACCAACUCCAUAAACUCAAUGAUCUUUCAGUUAAGGACAAACCAUGGGCACAUUGGCAUCUUUUGUCAACAGGGAUAGGCAGUUUCACUGGGGUGGCUUUUAUUUUAAUGUUAAUCGUUUAUUGUAUCAAAUCUAAACUCCAAAUCUCAGCCAAACGGUACAUGAACAAAGAAGGUGACGCUAUUAAGUAUGAGGUCAUACGUAAGUGGGUGUCAGCUAAAGCUGUAAGCGGAAAUACGCAAGACAGGGAGAACACUACCCCUACACCUUUAAUACUAGAGGAAGAAAUGGUAAAAGAAGGAAUGGUGAAACAUAUUUACCCGACUCUACAAUUAGCCACGUGA